GAAAGUAACUUGUUUCUUAUUAUUAUUUCGUAACCUAUUUGUUAAAAUAAGUAAACCAUUUUAGUCUGUUUUAUAGAUUCCCUUAGAUUUUUUCUUGAGAGUAUUUCGAUUUACUCAACUUUUUUCCUUGUCAUUUAUGUCAUUGUUCACAGGUGCAUAAAAUAGAGGAUAAGUCUGGAGACUUAAAAAUAUUUUCUCAUACGGAAGAGGACAAUUAUAAUUCCUCAUUCUUUCUUACUCUGUCAAAAGAUCCAACGUUAGAAACAGUUUUUGAAUUGGAUUCAACGAGUUAUAAUAAAGACAGUGAUGAACUUAUACCGAACAACGCUUUUGUACGUAUUCGUCACACAUCCUCAAAGAUGUGGAUUAAAGCUAGUGAGACUACAAUUGAUAAAAAUAUAGACAAACCUAUAAUGCACAAGCUUAAUCUUACUUCCAUAAAAGAUAACAAAGAAGUAUUCGCUAUCCUUCCUGUACCUUCAUGCGUAGUCAGAGAUUUAGAUCUUGUCAGUGAUGUUUUUAAAGCUCUUGAAGCUAUUCUCAAUGUCCUGAAUAAUCAAGGAAAUCUGACCGAUAUCCAGUUCAGAUCUCUUGUAUUCAUUCUAUCGGAAAUAAUCAACUUUCUUGAUGGUAGCAUAGAUCUUACAUUCGAGUCGAGUCCAUCUGCAAAAAAUCCUAUGAUUUUACGUGACAGACAGAAGCUAUUACGUGAACAAAAUAUUAUUUCGCAAAUUAUACAAGUUCUCAGCUCAAAGUUUUUAAGUAGUCUGCCUAAACAGUCCACAUCGAACGUCAGCGUCAAUUUGCGAAAUUCAAAAAUGUUGCACUGGAAACCUGACGUUUCUCUAAUCAAUAUCUUAAAUGAUACCGAAAUACGUACAGAUUGUCCAGACUACCAAAGUGUUUACUUGGAUAAGAAAAAUGAAAUAUUGGCUUGGCAAACUGUUGGGACCCUCUGUUAUCGUAUACUUACAUUGUCUCAACAUAAUUACAGAAAGAAUCAGGAAUAUUUGGCUCUGUAUCUAAAUCUAAUGCAAUCUCAUAUUGGUUUGGGUAUAAGAGCAUCAGAAACAAUUACAGCUCUCUUACAUAACAACCGGAAAUUGCUUGAAAAGCAUGUGGGUGAAAAAGAGGUCUCUUCAUUUAUCUCACUAGUCAGAGAUAACUGCGAAGCACGAUUUUUAAACUACUUAUCAGCAUUGUGUAGUUAUCGUGGCGCUGCUAUCCCUAUUACACAAGAACUAAUUUCCCAUCAGUUAUUAGCUGAAAAGAAUGAAGAUUUGUUAGUUGAAACAUGUGAAAAAAUGAUUGUUGAUUUAGGAGAGGAACAUUCAAAAACUGCUGUUAUCAUAAUUUGGAAACAGUUACACUUUAUAGAUGAACAUUUUCGGAGGAAUUUCAACUCGCAUUUAAUUACAAACCAACCAGUCAGUCAGACAGAAUUUCUAGAGUUGAAUCUCAAUGUUCUGAGUGAAGUAAUUGAUCAGUCGCGACCAGGAAUAGGUGAUGAAUCAAAGUGUAUAUCAAUAUGCUGUCUCAUAAUGGAUUACUAUCAAGCUCAGAUAGACUUAUAUGCACUAUUAUGUCAAGAAAGACAGUAUAUUGCUAUCAAUUAUUUAACGCCAAAGAUUUCAACUGAAUUGUUAUUGAGAUGCAUGCGCAAUGAACAACUUAAACCAGAUCUUCGCGCAUCUUUCACCCGUCUUUUACUUAAUCUCCAUGUAGACAGAGAUCCUCAAGAACUUAAGCAACCAAUUCAAUAUGCUCGUUUAUGGAGUUCAUUGAGCACUGAUUCAGAUAUUGACACUUAUGAGUCAGUGAGCAAUCCGAUAGUGAAACAAGAAAAAGUCAAGUCCAAUUUCAUAGCCAUGAUGAACUUUGUGAAUGAUUACUUGGACGUUAUGUUAGAUACCGGUCGUUAUUUAUAUGACCCUGGUUAUAUAACUUUGACAUAUGAGAUCAUAAAUUUAUCCAGACAUUUAGUGUUUUUUGGGUUGUAUAACAUUGAAGAAUUAUUACUUUUGGGCCAGAAGCUUGUAUUUAUGCUUGAUCGAUGCGGAAUUUCAAAUGAUUUCAGCAGUGAGGCAAAUAUGGUGAAUGGAAUCAAUACCUCAUCAUCUCUAUUAACUAGUUCAAAUUGUGACAAACUUUUGACGCUGAAAAUCAAAAGUCUGGAAAUUAUUGAAUAUAUUCUAGAUGUUCGUGUAGAUUACCAGAUUUUUAGUCUGCUAACUACACUUCGAUGUGUUGAAAAACCUGAAGUUGAUUUAAAUGACCAGGAAAUAGAAAACGUAGUAAAACAUCAAAUGUCAGAAUUGUCGAACCUGGUAAAAAGCAAACUUACGUCUCUGUUCACUUUACGAGUUUCAAAGCAAAAGAAUGAAACAAGUGAUUCUCUACAGAUGGAAGAAACAAUACAAAAAAAAUUAAGCAUUUUGAAUAUUGAUGGUUUAAAUGGACAGUUGUUGGUGAAUGUUUCAGCUCGCUUGUGUAUAUCUGCUGGUGUUCAGCUAAAGUCGAAAUCACUUCAGUUACUCUUUCGACAAUUUGGUCAACAAGAAGAACUCAUUCUUAAACUUAAACAGGUUCAACUGCUGGUAUCGGAUAUUGGGAUUAAAGUCUAUAGUCAACUAAAACAAUAUCUGGAUACAUUGCGUAGUUUGAUUGAAACAUCUGAAUUGUGGAUGCAUGAUGAUACCCGUACAGCGAAUUCGGGUGGUAAUACUGAGACUAUCGAUGAACGUUACUGCGUGAACAAUUAUGGCUUGAUUAAAGAUAUUCUUCAUAAAAUAGUAUCAUUAUGCCAACCAGAAGAGACUGAAAAGAAGAAAAUUUUUCAUCAGAACUGUUUACUUCCUGUAAAAACAGAUGUAAAUGCUACUGAUAUACCUAGUCUUGGGACUAGUACAGAAAUAACUAGUCAGUCAUUAGGAGCCAUUGAUGAAUCAAGUGAAUCAUCUAAAGCAUCAUCCUUCUUCGUCUUUCCAUUUGAACAAAUACAACAACUUUUGCGUCAUCUUGGCGCGCACAAUAUAUUAUUAGAACUAUUGAAUAUUCAGUUAAAGUGUGACGAUGUGGUAUACAGUGAAAUUGUACAUUUGGUCAAAUGGAUUCUAUGCUUAUUUUGUCAUGAAAACGGAACAAAUCAAAAAUUGUUAUAUCCUCAUCUGGACAGAUUUCUGACAAAUGAAGUUGACGAUGCGAAAAUUUGCACGGAAAUACUCAAAAGUAAUGCUGAAUUAUGUUUGAUGAUUGAUCAUUCGAAGAUUAGAAAACUUUGCAUUCUUCUUCAAAACAGUAGUCCACAUUUGCAUUGGCUUCAAGUACUGACAAUAGUUUUUCAACCAAAUUCUGAGAUAUUACGACCAAUACAAGAGAUGCUGUCUACUGAACUUUGUUCAAUGUUUGAUGAAACAUUAUUUCUGAUGAAUAGCUUGUCACGUAUACACACUAUACUAGAUUCGCUUUUGUCUACAACAAUAUUUUCUGAAUUAUCAACGCUACCUACAUCAAUCACACUUGCUGACAAAACGUUUUUACAAGACUUAGAAUUCAAUAUUGAAUUUCUUCGUUUAUUGAACAUGCUAUUAACUGAAGAAAAUGAUAUCCUAAAGAAGAAGUAUCAAAAAUGGCUUAAAUUCACAGAGUUAAUUGAUAUAAUUAUUCAUCCAGUUGUUAAAUAUUUCGAACUUUAUUCAUUAAGAAAUGUUUAUAUGGAGAGUUUAGCAGUUUUAUGUGCCAGUGAUGAAUUUCGGAAUCAUUUUGACGUUCAGUACAGUGAAUCUUUAUGUAAUCUUUGGCAGAAUAUUACUGAAGAGUUGGAUUUGCUUAUUCAUGAUGAAAAAUCAAGCAACUGCUACAAAAUAUUUCUCAGAGACUCUCUUAUUCCAGUUAUAAGCAAGAUUUUUCUUGAGAUUCAAUCACUGAAUGACAAUCAGCCACAACGUCAUGAAGAUGCAAGUCGUUGUUUAAUGCAUAAACUUAUGAAUUUAAACGAAGAUCCCUUGUUGAAUCUAGUUGCACGUGAAUGUUCACAAAUCAUAAUGUAUAAAAUCCUUUCCAAACGUCUUCCUACUACGCUGGAGAUUUCACACAAAUUGGGUUCGUAUUCAACAAGAUCGUCAACACAGCCAUGUACAUUAUUUCAAAAAGAACAAUCUUCUGAGCAUGAAAGUAUAUGCGGAGAAUUCUUAGAUGACGACCAUCAUAAUCACCAUCACGACAAGCAGAUGUGCACAGAUCAUCAGACCGAAAAUGAGUAUGAGAUGACUAUUAUAAAUAAUGACGCUGUUGAAAGGUGUAACAUAAAAAAAGGUGCCAGUAGUCAUCAAGAGAACCAAAAUAACAGCAUCAUGGACCAGCCUAAAUCUCAAAUAUUUGCCAGUUAUAUAGAAAAACAGUUCAAUCACAUGGUAAAGGAAAUAGAAUUACAUCUCAGUGGUUCUAUUCAAGAAGAGCAUGAUUCACUUGUUCAGUUUUUACAAUAUCCAAUGAAUUCCAUAGACAAUUUCUCAUAUGACUCAUUUAUAGCAUCUUUGGUACAGCACGCAUUUGAUCUCAUAAAAUUGGGCUCUGAGGAUCAGUUUGUUCGGCUUCUUCAAGUUUUCAACUCUUUAUCUAAAGCGUCCAUGGAAAAACCUAUGGUAUCUGAAACUGGCCAGAAUACAGCACACUAUAUUCUUUGUUCAAAUGGAAUUUGUGAUUUGAUUGUAAGGUGUAUAGAAAAUCCAAGUACCUCUGAAACUGUAUUUAUAAUGGCGAUCGAAUUGGCGAUAAAUUUAUUGAAGUAUGGAAAUAAGCAUGUACAAGAAUGCUUUUACAGUAUUCUUUCAAAGCCUAAAAUUCAUGAAGACUUCUUCAAUGUUAUAUUCCAAAGAAUUCAUAAUGCGUACAGUCAAGCGGAAAAUUUAACAAAGAAUAGAUCAUCUGUCGAGGAAGACGUAAUGACUCUCACAAACUACCCAGGUUAUACUCAUCAGGUAUCAAUUGUAAAGAAUGUUCCAGCAGUGAAGACUUUGAAGUUUUUGCAAACUCUGUGUAACCGGAGCAAUUUAAAGCUACAAGAGAUAUUACGUGUUCAACCGCACAAUGUAACCACAUUCAAUCUGGUUGAAGAGAUGAAAUCAUUAUUUUUGAAGAUGUGGGAAAUGAAUGAUCACAUUGUCAUCACUUCGAUUACUACUGGUAAUAAUGAUAAAAGUAGCGAUGACAAUCCUCAGCUGUUUAACGCCACUUGUAAAAAGUUUGAAGAACAACGAAAAGUUAACCACAUGACAAGGCUAAAACCACACAGCCCCAUUGAAAAGAAAAAGGUGAAAAAUAUACCCAACUAUACGAAUACAUAUAAGAGAUCAGUUCAAACCUUAAUAUCGAAUAGAGCAAAUGAAAAUCAAGAAAUUACACAAACUCAGAAGAACAGUAAUAACAACAAUAACAACAAUGCCAACAACAGUGGCCCACUAAAUGCAUGUCAAGCUGAAAUUAUAAUUCUCAUUUUGACCUGUCUUACUGAAUUUUGUCAAGGCCCUUGUGUCAACAAUCAAAAUGAUAUUGUGUUCGGAAGCCCCGAUAUUUUGUACAAGCUAGUGAAUUUAAUAUUGGACACACCAGGAUGGAUUAUAAACAAUAAUAAAUUAAAGGAUAAUACGUGCUUACUAACUGAUAUUAAUUUCUCAUCGAUAAAAUUACUACUAGCAGUGCUGGAAGGUCGCAUUGAGGAUAGUGUCUACCAGCGACUCUUAGAUCUUUGGCCAAUCGAUAGUUUAAUAAAUACUGUCAGGAAUUAUUACAUUUUGUCGCAGAAUUCGGAUGUUGCACGGGAUCACUCAGGAGAAUUAAUUCAUAAAAGUGGACAUAUGUUAUUCAUUUUGGCACAGCAUCUGUAUAGAUGUUUCCCUGUAAUCCUUAAACACAUGAAAAUCUCUGAUAAUAAUGACAAUAAUUUCAGUAAAACUGAUUUAUCAAGGACAAAAUGGUCUGAAUUGAAUUAUCAAAACGCCAUAGAAGCGAAACAUUUAUACAGAUUGGAAUCGAUCGAUGAUAACAGUUCUUCGACUAAUGAUGUUCGAAAGUUAAGAUUGGAUAUCACUAUUAUAAAACGCUCAAUUAAAAAUCAAAGUGAUAGUUUUUCAUGCCUUCAACAUUAUUCUAUGAAUACAGCGCAAAUAGAGAUUGUUCGUGAGAAUAAUAUUAUUGAAAGACUCAUUUAUCCAAUUCCCGAAAUCUGUCAUUAUUUAACAAAUGCUAAAAAACAUCAGUUGCUAAAUUGGACGGUUAUGAAUGAUGAUCAUUCAAAAAUACCUUCAAUGUUUGAAAUGAUUGAAGACAUUUAUGCUGAAAUGUUAUGUGCUAAACACAUGCUUGUUCAUACUUGGAUUCAUUGGUUUUCAUUACGUUCUCAGUGGAUAUCGGACGCAAGUUUCUAUCAAACAUUGUGUUUGAACGUUUUAUUAGUCAUCUUUUAUCCAUUUCAAGAGGAAUCACUAUCUUUAAGCUUCACUAAAAUUGAAGAAGAAAUUACUUUAAUACCACUGGCCAUUUUAGCAGUUAUAUUAUGCCUUAUUUGUUCAAAUCAGUUCACCGUGCAAAUCUAUGUUGGAUUAGAGGCGUUAUAUUUAUUGCUUGUAUGUGGUAGUGAAAACAUUAUUUCCGUGAUGGGUUUGACCAAUUUGAUUUUUAGACUAUUCAACUUGAUUAUAAUUUACAAACAACAUCGUCUUAUAAUGCAGUAUAAAAAUCAUUUGUCCACAAAUCAAUCAAAAUCAGGUAGUGAAGCGUACUCUCAACAGCUUACAUCAUCGGAAAUAUCUGAAGAAAAACAAACAGUUUUUACUUCAUUAUUACAUUUAUCUUUUCAGAAUUACAAUUUCUUGUCAGUAAAAAAACUAUUGAACUGGAUUUUUUCUUCGCUAAUUCAUUUAAAAAGCCAAAAUAUUAGCCAGUUACAUAAUAAGGUUAUUCAACAUGCCAUACUUAUUAUAUUUGCUGUUUUUGGAGUUUUCCUGCACCCAUUAUUUCAUAGCCUAGUGCUACUCGAUAUAAUUACGCGUGAAGAAACCUUACUGAAUGUCGUACGUUCGGUGACAAAAAAUGGUCGCUCUAUCUUCUUGACAGGAAUAUUAGCCUUGAUCAUAAUCUAUCUGUAUUCUAUCAUUGGAUUCACUUAUUUUCGUGAUGAUUUUGCCGUGGAAGUUGAUCCGACCAAGGAUAAUGAAGAAAUUAAUGGUAAUACUGAACAUCGUUGUGAUUCGCUAAGAAUGUGUAUGUUAACAACUCUUCGAGAAGGCUUGUUAAAUGGUGGUGGGAUUGGUGAAGCACUUAGACGUCCAAGCAACAAAGAUAGCUCAUUUAUUUUUCGAACAAUUUACGAUCUAUCAUUCUUUGUCAUUGUAAUAGUCAUCAUAUUAAAUUUAAUAUUUGGUGUAAUCGUGGACACAUUUGCAGCACUUCGUCAAGAAAAACAAAAUUCUGAAGAGUUGAAUAAAAAUCAUUGUUCUGUUUGUGGACUACACCGUUCUGCAUUUGAUCAUUCCAAUACAAGUUUUGAUGAACAUGUUGAAGUGGAUCAUAAUGUCUGGCAUUAUAUAUACUUUAUAAUUUAUUUAAAAACAAAAUCGGUUAAUGAUCUAACUGGACCAGAAAUAUAUAUUAAUAAACUGAUUAAAAAACGUGAGUUUAAAUGGAUUCCACGUCGAAGGGCUAUGACUUUACAUAUCAUGGAAACUGUCUCUCCGAAGAAAUCUGAAGAAAUUGACAAUCUGCGGAAACAGCUUGAAAAAACUAUGAGUGCAGUACAUUCUCUUAACGAAGGAUUUAAAAAUUUGUCUAAGCAGAUUACUAAAGAGAACAUGGAAAAAUCUAAAGAGAAAUUAAUCUCGUGUAUAACGAAUUCUCUUUCAAACCAUAUCAAUGGGGAGGAAUAAUCAUAUCUACAACGGCGUAAACUAACUGAAUAGAACAAGCAUACAUCUUUCUACUAUUCAAUUUUUUUUCAGUCAUCGAUGUAAACAGGGAGACGUGGACUCCGUUUCACGUUGUUUAUAUGUGUUUAGAAGAUUUUUGUUAUUAUGACUCGAUUACUAUCAACACAAGUAGCUGUCUAUUUUGUAUGCCACUAGUGCUGUUUCUACAUUUCAGAUUAUUCUAACUCUAUUUGUUUGCAUAUUUGAUUUGCUUUACUGAUGAUAGCAAUGAUAAUAAUAAUGAUAAUGAUUCCAAUGACCAAUGUGUUGAUUGAUGCAACUGAGAUGAUUCGUUUAAUGAUAGGUCAUUGACUUCAGCCUCAAAGUUGACCUAAAUUCUCUUGUUCAGUUUUACAAUGUUGCCACAAUGUUGUGUAAAUUGAAAUCGUUGACUUAAGAAUUUAUUUCUUAUUCUUUAAAGACAUAAAACUAUCUGCUUUUUAGUCCUCACUAGGAUCCUUGUUUAAAAAGUUGCAAAAAAAUUCAUCUAAAGUACUCGAUCGCAAUAACUCUAAGUUUGUAAUCGAUUGGUUUUUCCAACAGUCAAUUACUACUUUGAUUGAUGGGAUAUAUAUUUGUUUGUUUCCAGU